AUGGACCAAAUAGAGCACAAGUUCGUUGAAGUGAACGGGAUCAAGCUUCACGUAGCCGAGAUCGGAAAAGAGUCUUCGCCGGCAGUGGUUUUCUUGCAUGGCUUCCCGGAGAUAUGGUACACCUGGCGCCACCAGAUGAUUGGCGUUGCCAAUGCUGGUUUCAGAGCCAUUGCACCUGAUUUCAGAGGUUACGGGCUAUCAGAUCACGGCGUUGAACCGGAGAAAACUUCCUUUUCCGACAUGCUUUACGAUACCCUCGCGAUUCUCGAUUCUCUCAACGUUAACAAGGUGUUCGUAAUCGGCAAAGAUUUUGGAGCGUUUGUGGCUUACGCAUUUGCGCUUCUACGUGGUGAAAGGGUUUUAGGAGUCGUAACCCUUGGUGUGCCAUUUAUCCCCCCAGGUCCUCUCGUUAGUCAUGAAUCCCUUCCCGAGGGUUUCUACAUCUCAAGAUUUCGGAAUCCUGGAAGAGCCGAAGCUGAUUUCAGCCGUUUUGAUGCUAAAACAGUGGUGAAAAACAUCUACAUAUUAUUCUCUGCAAGUGAAAUCCCAAUAGCCAGUGAAAACCAGGAGAUCAUGGAUCUUGUGGAGCCAGAUACGCCUUUGCCCUCCUGGUUCACGGAGGAGGAUCUUGUCGCGUAUGGCAAUUUAUAUGAAAAAUCUGGAUUUCAAACUGCUCUCAAAGUUCCCUACAGAUCGUUACUAGACGAAAGGUAUGAGUUUAACAUAGAGGAUCCAAAAGUAGAAGGUCGAGCAUUACUGAUUAUGGGAGAAAAGGAUUAUUUAUUCAAAUUUCCUGGUGUUGAAGAUGUAAUAAAUGGAGAUGAGAUGAAAAAAUACGUACCUAAUUUAGAGGUUACAUACGUGCCCAAUGGGUCACAUUUCGUUCAGGAGCAAUUCCCUAAUCAGGUGAAUCAGUUGAUCUUGGCUUUCCUUGGCCAAUGAAAUUCCUAAUAACCUCUUAUUCUUCUCUAGUGUGGUGUGCCGAUUACUUUUUUUAAUUUCUUUAUCCCACAAAGUUUUUGGUUGGCGAGUGUUUGUUUAGCUAUUAGUGAUAUAAUGAUGUUGUUUUGUUUAAUAAAAUUAAGGUUUGUAAUUUC